AAUCUUCAGUAUGCUUUUCUAUCAUUAUCUUUUUCAAAUACCUUUUAUUCUGGCAAUAGUCUACUUUUUUAAUGUACUAAUGUACUAAAUGGUGAUAUUCAUAAUGGGUUAUUGAUAUUGAAUAUUGAUCGCCAUUGUUUUAUAUAAUUUCUAUUUCAAUUUUUGGGGUUUUGCAGGAGUUAUAAACUUUGACGAAGAUAAUGGAAGAAAGAAGUAUGAAAUACUUAACAAUCUUGGGAUUAAUUGCAUUUUUAAAUGUAUUUAUUGUAAAUGCUGAUGACCCAUAUAGAUUUUUUACUUGGACCGUCACUUAUGGAACUAUUUCUCCUUUGGGUGUUCCUCAACAGGUCAUUCUCAUCAAUGGUCAAUUUCCAGGACCUAAACUUGAUUGUGUGACAAAUGACAACAUCGUUCUUAAUGUCAUUAAUAAAUUGAAUGAACCUUUCCUUCUCACUUGGAAUGGAAUAAAGCAGAGAAAGAACUCAUGGCAAGACGGUGUUCUAGGGACUAAUUGUCCAAUCCCUCCAAACAAAAACUUCACAUACUUUUUCCAGCCUAAAGAUCAGAUUGGUUCUUACACUUACUUCCCAUCGACUGGGUUGCACCGUGCUGCUGGUGGGUUUGGUGCUCUCAAUGUGUACUCCAGGCCUCGAAUUCCCAUUCCUUACCCUAACCCUGCUGGUGACUUUACUUUGCUUAUUGGUGACUGGUACAAAACCAAUUACAAGACCCUUCAAAGGGCUCUAGAUGCAGGAAAAGCUCUUCCAUUCCCUGAUGGCUUGCUUAUUAAUGGCCGGACUGGAGGUUCCUUCAAUGGAGAUCAAGGAAAAACAUACAAGUUUCGAGUUUCAAAUGUGGGAAUGUCAACUUCAUUCAACUUCCGAAUUCAAGGUCACAAAUUAAAGGUCGUUGAGGUUGAAGGAUCUCACGUAGUUCAGAACCUAUAUGAUUCCAUUGAUGUUCAUGUGGGUCAGUCUCUCUCGAUUCUUGUGACCUUUGACCAGGCUCCCAAGGACUACUACAUUGUUGCUUCGACUCGUUUCACAAGGACGGUUCUUACUGUAACCGGAGUUCUUCACUAUUCAAACUCUCACUCGCGGGUCUCUGGACCUGUGCCUGCACCUCCUGCUGGACAAUUUCAUUGGUCCAUGGAACAAGCCAGAACUUUCAAGUGGAAUCUUACAGCAAAUGCGGCUAGACCGAACCCACAAGGAUCUUUCCAUUAUGGAACAAUCCCAAUUUCACAAACCUUUGUGUUAGCUAACUCGGCUCCUCUGAUCAAUGGAAAGCAACGCUAUGCUGUUAACCAAGUGUCCUUUAUAUACCCUGAUACCCCUCUGAAGCUUGCCGAUUAUUUCAACAUUCCUGGAGUGUUCAGCUUGAAUUCCAUUCAAGCCAAUCCAUCUGGCGGAUCUGCAAGACUUGGCACUUCAGUUUUAGGAACUAAUCUUCAUAAUUUCAUUGAGGUUGUCUUCCAGAAUGAUGAGUAUUCAAUGCAGUCUUGGCAUCUUGAUGGCUUUGAUUUCUGGGUUGUUGGUUUUGGUGCUGGUAAAUGGAGUCAAGCCAGUCGGAAGAGUUACAAUCUUAAAGAUGCUCUUACCAGACAUACUACUCAGGUUUAUCCCAAGUCCUGGACAGCAAUAUUAGUGUCAUUGGACAACCAAGGGAUGUGGAACCUGAGAUCUGCAAUCUGGACGCGACAAUAUCUUGGACAGCAACUCUACCUCAGAGUAUGGAACGCAGACAAGAGUCUCGCUAAUGAGUACAAUCCCCCAAGUAAUGUGCUCCUCUGUGGAAAAGCAGUUGGAAGACAUCCUUAAAACAACCUUCCUUCUACAUCAAGUCUAGUUAUUUGUCACCCUGAUAUAUAUAGACUAAGACUAUAGAGAUUCUGCUCUUAGAUUGCAUCAGUCAUCAGUGUUUGACUGUGAGCUUGGUACACGCGGGAAAUAUUCUUAUUUUGUACCCUUUUCACUCUUAUUAUUAUCAUCUGUAUAUUGUAAUGCAAUGAAAAUUCCUUGCUUAAUUAUUUAAUUUCAUUAAUUAGAAUGGAAACAUUUCAUCA